AUGGAUGGCCCUCUGUCGAGUACCGGAGAGGACAUGGGAAGCUUUGAAAAUCCUGCAAGUAAUGCAGAGACAGAAGCCGAUGACACAAUUCAACAAGAGUCUGAUAAUGACCGAGUUGAGGAGGAGCCCAAACCUGGUAUGAAGUUUGCCACUGAUCAUGAGCUUAUGGCUUAUUACAUGAGAUAUGCCAAACAACAAGGUUUUGGUGUUAUAACACAAAGGACGAAGAGAGAGGCUAAUGGGAGGGUGAAGUAUUUGACUAUUGGGUGUGCACGAGGUGGCAAGUACCAUCCUAGCCAUAGUAAUAUCUCGAGGCCACGCCCAACUAUUAAAACGGAUUGUAAGGCACGGAUAAAUGCUCACUUGGUGGAGGGUAGUUGGGUGGUGACCACUGUUGAGAUUGGCCAUAAUCAUAGUACUGUCAGCCCACAAAAGUCUAGAUUCUUUAGAUCUCAUAAGUGUUUAGACGAAUACAGUCAGAGGAUGCUUGAUUUGAAUGACAGGGCAGGUAUUCGAAUGAACAAGAAUUUCGGGGCACUUGUUGUUGAUGCGGGGGGGUUCGAGAAUCUGCAGUUUCAAGAAAAAGACUGUCGUAAUUUUAUUGACAAAGCCAGACAAUUAAGGCUGGGUAAAGGUGGUGGCGAAGCACUUACUGAGUACUUCAAGAGGAUGAGGUUGCAAAAUGAUGGUUUUGUCUAUGUGAUUGAUGUGGAUGAAGAGCUGAGGUUGAGAAAUGUGUUCUGGGCUGACGCACGGAGUAGAGCAGCGUACGAGUAUUUCGGAGAUGUGAUCACCUUCGAUACGACAUACCUGACAAAUAGAUACGGUAUGCCAUUCGCUCCAUUUGUUGGGGUAAAUCAUCAUGGACAGUCUAUAUUGUUAGGGGCUGGCUUGAUUUCAAGCGAAGACACAAGUACUUUUGUGUGGUUGUUUCGGGCAUGGUUGGAGUGUAUGGAUGGUCGCGCUCCAAAAGCGAUCAUAACAGACCAAGACCGAGCAAUGAAGAGUGCUAUUGUAGUGGUCUUCCCACACACUCGCCAUAGAUAUUGUCUAUGGCAUAUAAUGCGAAAACUGCCUGAGAAAUUGGGAUCUCACGCUGCCUUCAAUGCAGGGUUGAAAACUGCCAUCCAAAAUGCCCUAUAUGAUUCACAGACAUGUGGUGAAUUUGAGGAGAAGUGGGGGCAAUUUAUUAAGAAGUAUGACUUAGGUGAAAAUGCAUGGCUGCAAGGGUUGUACAAUGAGAGGUCGUUUUGGGUACCGGUUUACCUUAAGGGAGUUUUUUGGGCUGGCAUGAGCACCACACAGCGUUCUGAAAGCAUGAAUGCUUUUUUCGAUGGUUUUGUGCAUUCCGGUACAACGUUGAAAGAAUUCGUCGAUCAAUUUGACAAUGCACUGCGGAAGAAGGUAGAGCUCGAGACGACCGCUGAUUUCAAUUCGUCCAACCAAACCAUCCCAUGUUCCUCCGCAUUCCGCAUUGAAAAGCAGUUUCAAUCCGUGUAUACGAACGCAAAAUUUAAAGAAGUUCAACGAGAGGUGUGGGGAAUGAUUUUAUGUAACUGCAUACUUAUCAGCAAGGAAGGUUGCAUUUCCACCUACGAUGUUUUAGAUGAAAUUACCACUGAUGAUGACCAUGUCAAGAGCAUCAAGUACACAGUUUACUUUAACAAUGAGGAGGUUGAUGUGAAAUGCACCUGUGCGUUGUUUGAGAUGAGAGGAAUUGUUUGUAGACAUGCAUUGAACGUUUGUCAGAUGAAUAAGAUUCAUGCGCUACCGGAGAAGUAUGUCUUGGAUCGUUGGAGGAAGGAUUUAAAGAGAAGAUACACAAUGGUAAAAAGUAGCUACGACGACUUACGACAAAAUGCAGAUUCAGGGAGGUAUGAGCUUGUGGUGAAACGAUGUUCCAAAUUAGCAACCCGUGUAUCGUCGAGUGAUGCCCAUGUUACUGCAUUUAUGCUCCACUUGGAUGAGUUUGAGAAUAAAUUUAAAGGACUAACACAAGAGUCCGGUUCAACAAAAGUAGCAGAGACUGUGCAGACAGACAAGGGUAAAAAAAUAUUAAGCCCACAUGUUGUCCGAGGGAAAGGGAGGCCGCCAACGAAAAGGAAGGUCCCACCUGUGGAGAAGGCUGUGACUAGGCGAAAGAAUAAACAGAUACGUCGGAAAAUAUUUGACGAUACAUCCGAGCAAUGUGAGGUCUCGGAAGCUCCAGAAAGUGGUCAGAUACAAAGUGCAGGCAAGGAUGAUUUUGUUGUUCUAACACAAUGCAGUACCGUCGCACAACCAACGCCACCUGACAAUGAGUAGGUGCUCCAAGAAGAAGACAAACGGAUUGGGAGACUGUAAUAUCCAAGAUAGUAGUUUGGUCUUUGUAAUGUUUUAUGUGGCAUUUGAGGGACUAGU